CGUGGUGAGAGACGGUCUGCCACAGCGCAGCGCCAACCCGCGGGAGAUCGACGCUACUACGCGGAAGUAAUAAGCGAACCAAACCACAUGGCCUUAAUCGGAGAUUGGAGCAAGUCAAGGCCACCUCUCCGCAUCUGACUGUCUUCAUUCAAGUCGAGCUUUCGGCUUAACACCUACGGCCAGGAGCCCUUUCGAAGCGCGUUGAAGCUCCUAGGUUCUUCAAUUCUUGGUCUGUCUAGCCCCGCGGCCUCCCAUACAUAGCCGCGACAACCUGAAAGACGCGCCAUCGCAUCUUCAGAAUAACCUCCGCCCAUCAUGUUGUCCUUCCUUUCCUCGCACCUGUCCAACACGAGACAGUCGCUAGCGCAGGUCUUGAACUUUGCGCUGGUCCUCUCGACUGCUUUCAUGAUGUGGAAGGGGCUCUCUGUGUUUACUGCCAGCUCAAGUCCGAUCGUCGUAGUUCUCUCCGGAAGUAUGGAACCUGCGUUCCAGAGGGGCGACCUGCUAUUCCUGUGGAACCGGAGUCCGAGGGCGGAAAUUGGAGAGAUCGUGGUGUAUAAUGUCAAGGGGAAGGAUGUGCCAAUCGUACACCGCGUCGUGAGGACAUUCCCGGACGUCGAGGUUAAAGGAAAGAAGGGAAAGAAGGGGGUCAAGGCCCCUUCCCCCUCUGGUCCUGGCGAAUCGCACAUGCUCCUUACAAAGGGAGACAACAACCUAGCUUCGGAUGAGGAACUAUACGCAAAAGGUCAGGAUUUCCUGAACCGAAAGGAAGAUCUCGUGGGCAGCGUGAGAGGAUACAUUCCCGCCGUGGGAUACGUUACAAUUAUGCUCAGUGAGCACCCAUGGCUAAAGAGCGUCCUACUAGGAAUAAUGGGUUUAUUGGUCAUCUUGCAGCGGGAAUAAAGAAAAAAGGAGACGGUGACAUUUGCAUUAUGAAAUUGGUAUAGUUUAAGAAAUGGGAUCCCCUAUGCGAAGAAAAGAAAGGACACGGCCCUGGAAGUCCAACCAUCCCUGUGCCACAGGGAACUAUGCUGUAACGCUUUACAAGACGUUCUUGGAAGUUUUGACUGCACCUUUAAUUUUCCUCGGGUCGCGAAUGCCGCCCAGACAAGGUUUCUGCGCAACUACGGCUUUCUUCAAUCGACAAUGUAGGUCUGAGUAUAUUGGUGGAUAGAGGUGUCCAGGAGCUGUUCACUUGUCAACAACAUCUCCGGUCUGUCCCAACCAAGUAUGCGUGAGAAUAGGGCGUAGGAAUAAGUACAUAGGGAUAGUGGCUUCGUUAAAAGUUGCAUGUCAGUUAGGAAAGCUCAAACAAGUAAAAUUCCCGACACGCUGUUGCACUGUACAUGAAUGAAUGG